CUCUAAAAAGGAAGCAACAGACAGAACAUAAAACUAAACUAAAAAAAAUAUCUCUCCACCUCUCUUUUCUCCUCUCCUUAUUGAUUCUAUCGCUCUGCUCUCUCUCAAAGACGUAUCUCUCUAUCGAGUCCGAUCCAAAAGAUUUUUUGAUAAAAGAAACAACCUUUGAAGAUUUGAAACUACUUUGUUUGUGUUUGAAAAUUAUGAGUGCAUCAUGGGCUGAUGUGGCUGACUCAGAGAACAACAACACUGCCUCCUCUGGGUCUACUAAACCUUCACGACCUGCUUACGUUCCUCCACAUCUAAGGAACAAGCAACCAUCUUCCUCCAGUUCCGACCCUGUUCCUGCUCCCUCACCAGCUAAUGAUCGUGCCGGUGGCUAUAACGGUCCACCUUCUGCCUCUCGUUGGGCUCCUAGUGGUAGUGGUGGUGGUUACAGGGCUGAUGCAGGCCGUCCAAGAGGAACUGCUGGUGGUGGUGGCUGGAACAACAGGAGUGGAGGGUGGGACAACCGUAGGGAGCGUGAAGUCAACCCCUUUGAGAACGCUGACGCCGACCCCGAGCCUGCGUUUACCGAGCAGGACGGUGCCACGGGGAUCAACUUCGAUGCGUAUGAAGAUAUCCCGGUUGAGACUAGCGGUGAUAACGUGCCUCCUGGUGUCAACACGUUCGCGGAGAUUGAUCUAGGGGAGGCUCUGAACCUGAACAUCAAGAGGUGCAAGUACGUGAAGCCGACGCCCGUGCAGAGGCACGCGAUUCCUAUAUUGCUUGCCGGGAGGGAUCUGAUGGCGUGUGCUCAGACGGGGUCUGGGAAGACGGCUGCGUUUUGUUUUCCGAUAAUUAGUGGGAUUAUGAAGGAUCAGCAUGUAGUGCAGAGGCCACGUGGCUCGAGGACGGUUUAUCCUCUUGCGGUUAUUCUCUCGCCGACGAGGGAGUUGGCUAGUCAGAUACAUGAUGAGGCUAAGAAGUUCGCUUACCAAACUGGUGUGAAGGUUGUUGUUGCUUAUGGAGGAACACCUAUUAACCUGCAGCUACGGGAACUAGAGAGGGGAGUCGAUAUACUAGUGGCAACUCCUGGUCGACUAAAUGAUUUGCUGGAAAGAGCUAGAGUCUCUAUGCAGAUGAUUAGGUUUUUAGCUCUUGAUGAGGCCGAUAGGAUGCUGGACAUGGGUUUUGAGCCACAGAUCAGAAAGAUUGUCGAGGAAAUGGACAUGCCUCCGCGUGGUGUUAGACAGACGCUGUUGUUCAGUGCUACUUUUCCAAGAGAGAUUCAGAGACUCGCAGCCGACUUCCUAGCAAACUAUAUAUUUUUGGCUGUGGGUAGAGUAGGUUCAAGUACCGACUUAAUUGUCCAAAGGGUUGAGUUUGUACUUGAUUCUGACAAGAGAAGUCAUCUCAUGGACCUGCUUCAUGCUCAGAGAGAGAAUGGCACCCAUGGCAAGCAAGCCCUGACCUUAGUGUUUGUUGAGACAAAGAGAGGAGCCGACUCUCUGGAAAAUUGGCUGUGCAUCAAUGGGUUUCCAGCAACCUCCAUUCACGGUGACAGAUCACAGCAGGAAAGAGAAGUGGCACUGAAGUCCUUCAAGAGCGGGAGAACACCGAUUCUGGUGGCAACAGACGUAGCAGCGCGUGGUCUCGACAUUCCCCACGUGGCUCACGUUGUGAACUUCGAUCUACCAAACGACAUCGAUGACUACGUCCACCGUAUUGGACGAACAGGACGUGCUGGCAAAUCAGGACUAGCGACCGCCUUCUUCAACGACGGCAACACAUCGAUGGCAAGAUCCCUCUCUGAGCUGAUGCAAGAAGCUAACCAGGAAGUCCCCGCGUGGCUCUCACGGUAUGCUUCGCGUUCCUCCUUUGGUGGUGGUAAGAACAAGCGGUCUGGUGGUCGGUUUGGUGGCCGUGACUUUAGAAGGGAAGGAGGCUAUGGCGGUGGAUACAGUAGAGGAGGAGGAGGCGGUGGUGGUGGUGGUAGCAAUUACUAUGGUGGUGGAGGAGGAGGCUAUGGCGGUGGAUACGGAGCUCCAAGUGGUGGAUAUGGCGGUGAAACUCCAAGUGCUUGGGACUAAAGCGCUUAAUGUUUUUUUUUUUGUUUUGAGUUUGGUUUAUAUAACUUUUGACUAUUUAUUUUGUCUUUCUACAUUCCCAAAGAGAGAGUAUGUAUUGCCCCUUUACACCCUAUGAGAUGGAUGAAUAUAUAACUAAGGUUGCUGUUUA